CAAUACAAAUCUAAAAGAAGUAACGCCAUUUGAUUAGAAACCAGAAACCACAAAGAUGUCCUGUAACGAGAGGGCGUUAGAUUUGGACACUUUUAAACGGACUGCAGCUCCAGGAGAGUUGGGACAAGUUUGACUAUUUGAUCUCUUUGUUUCAGAUUGAUUUUAUUUUUGCUCAGUAGUAGCUGUUGCUGGAUGAAAUGAGCUCAACACAACUGUGAAGAGUUGCUCGUUAAACAACAGAAGUCAUAGACAGGGAGAGUUAAUUUGUCUCUGUGAUUUAUUUUAAAGUAUCCUGGUUUGAUUUGAUUGAAGCAGCUCUAAAUUCAAUGAUGCCUUCAAGGACCUGGGCUGCAGGACUCGCACUGAAGACUGGGACCAGUACAGACAGACCAUCACAUGGACCAUUAUGUUGAAGCAGGACUACAGACUGUUGCAGAUGUAAGGACCGAGCUGUCACACAGCCAGUUUCCCCUCGAGGCUGCUCCACAUCACAGCCUGCCUCGACUUCCUGUGUGAGCUCCCUCCUGCAUGCUCCACGAGCCGGUUUGGACACGUAGCUGUUAGGACUGCUCGACGCUGCACCGUCCCAGUCUGUCAGUCAGUCAGACAUGUCCAGGUCCAGUCGGCGGUACAAGUCUCUGCAGCAGAGCAACGGCAGCGGCUCUCUGCCCGGCUGUGACCGGGUGCGGAUGCCCCGGGCCCGGGUACUGCUGCUGUGCCUCCUCGGUGUCCUGGUGCUGGCGGUGGUGCUGGGAGUCUACCUGUCAAACGACACCACCGAUGUGAACCGCAUGCCAGCUGCAGACCUGACCAAAGACAGGUUGUCCCACAAACCCAGCAAGUGCUCUCCAGCUCAAAUCCGCCGUCUGGCCUCUCAGGUGGAUGGCACCCGCCUGUGGGAGACCCACCUGAGGCCCAUCCUGAUAGAGAGGCUCCCAGGAACACAGGGCAGUCUGGCAGUACAGCAGCACAUCACCUCCACUCUGUCCUCGCUGUCUGCCGGCUGGGCCGUGGACUUAGACUCCUUCCAGUCUUCAACCCCUCGCGGCCAGGUCACCUUCACCAACAUCAUUGCCACUCUGGACCCUUCGGCCCCUCGCAGGCUGCUCCUGGCCUGCCACUACGACUCCAAGGCUCUGCCUCCAGACCCCCGGGCCCCAGAGAAGGUCUUUCUUGGGGCCAGUGACUCAGCAGUGCCCUGUGCUAUGAUCCUGGAGCUCGCCACCUCUCUGGAUGCCCAGCUUAGAUCAUUCAAACAGCAGAAACUUCCAGUGACUCUUCAGCUGGUGUUUUUCGAUGGCGAGGAGUCAUUUGAAGAGUGGACUGCCACCGACUCGCUGUACGGCUCCCGUCACCUGGCUGAGCGCAUGGCCAACACACCUCACCCUGCGGGCUCCACACACACCACCAUGCUCCAGGCUGUGGACCUUUUUGUGCUGCUCGACCUGCUGGGCGGUCCUGAUCCAUUGAUUGCAAAUCACUUUGAUAACACAGCUCGCUGGUUUGACCGUCUGAUCGCUGCAGAGAAGAGACUCCAUCGACAGGGUCUCUUGACGUCUCACCCCUCAGAGCAGACGUAUUUUAGGAAGGAUGUUUACCUCGGCCCUGUGCAGGACGACCACAUCCCCUUCCUUCACAAAGGUGUCCCUGUGCUACACGUCAUCGCCACUCCCUUCCCACAGUUCUGGCACACACUGGACGACACAGAGGAGAACAUGCACCGUCCCACUGUGGUGAACCUGACCAAGGUCAUGGCUGUGUUUCUGGCAGAGUAUCUGGGCUUCUGAAACCAAACACUCACAGAUAUUUGUGGUGAAGGUACUUACUUUUUUACUCCUACUGGAGUACUUGUGCUGUUUGUCACACUGAUGACAAGUAAUCGCUAAAUGACCAGCAUGAAUUGGACCCAAACGCACAAGAGAAGAACUCUGUGAAACCAACUAAUGGAAUACCAGCUAAAACUUUACCAAAGACUUGGUCCUGCUGGACUGACCAGACUCCUUCGUUUCAUGUGAGGGAUGAGUUCGAGGCGCCUGUCCAAAUGUCUGGGAAUGUGAUGUGGAAAGAGUCUUAAAAUGUCAAUAGUUAUAAAUGAUGGUACCAGAGGAACAGAUGGGAAUGUUGAGUCUGAUUUAAUAGCACUCUAAAUUAUUAUUUCGCUUCAUUCCUGUGAAAAAACGAAAUCAUAGUUUACUUUAUUUCCCUACGUUAAUAUGAUUAACUGCACAAAUGUCUUCUCAAAGACAGACUCUAUGACUUGAGGCCUCUGAGCUGCUGUGAAUACUGGGACAUAUCUGUGAAUAAUUCUUUACCCUCACUUGACCGAAGAUCCUCUUGGCCUUACAGUCUGCUGUUGUUAAUUGCUAGCUAUAUUAUAUGGCUAUACUGCACAUUUUGUGACAGUGUAAUGAUGUAAUCAGAGUGAAAAUCCAACAGAUGGUAUUUUACACCAUAUGAAAAGGUGUCGUGACAAAUCUGCAAUAAAAAUACAGCGGUUUUAUUCAGUUUCUCUCAGAAUUUGAUGCAAAUUCGGGAAGUCAGUGCUGGAACUUGUGCAUACAGUACAUGCAGGAGCAUUUCACCAGUGCAAUGUCCAUGCCGGGGGCCAAUCAUGACCAUUUUUAUACCAGUUUUGGUAUAGCCCGCUACACAAUAUUGGUUAAUCAAGCAAGUUUACUUUGCAUUUUUUUCUGUUCACCUCAUGAUGGCAGGA